AUUUAAUGGCCAUUGGGAUGCUUGUCCCGUCGGCAAGAAGAUCAUUAGCGAAGUCGGGGCAUUGCCAUCUCCCCCAACCCACAACCACUCCUCUUGGAAGCCAUGUAAAGUAUCGGGGACCUCUAUUAUUAGUUCGCCGACUUUAACCCUUCGCUGGGGUUUACCGACAAUAGAAAAGGUGAGAAGUGGGUCCGACAUUUGUCUCUCUGGGCUCUUCCGGAAUGUGAACAUGCUCCUCAUGUCCUUUGCCGACGGCAGAUCCCACUUUUUCUCGGCGAAAAGUACCAGCAGCCCGAUAAUUCGUUUCCAAGAAUUUGGAGCGAUUUGGCAUUUCAGAAACUCCCAGUCCCACAAGUACUCAGUGAUUAUACGUGGCAAAGGAAAUCGCAAGCCUGAUCUUAGGCUCUCAGCAAAUACGCCGACGCAGUUGGGUGGAGGGCAUGUGAUCCUCUCACCUGGAUAUGGGGCAAACAGAUGUACCGACGUAGGGACUCGAAUUUCGCCCCGCAGCAUAACGACGUCGGCUUCAGUAAGAAUACUGGGUUCGCCAUGGGAUGUAAUUUCAGGAUUCGGCCAUCUCCUAAUAGGUCGCCUCCAAAAUCUCGAGUCAUCGAUGGCGUUUCUCUCUACAACUUUGUCCCCCUCGCUGUCGUUUAGACGAAUUUUCAGCCGUUCAACAAACAUUGGAUCCCACCGGUUAUACUCAGAUAAUAACUCCAACUCCCCGGAAUGGACCAUGUUAAUCAUCAUCACGUCCAACUCGUUGUCACCCGAAGACGCCCAAGAUACGCUCAUGAUGUCGAGAAAGAGAAAGAAAAGUCGGGAAGAAUUGGUUGAGCACACCGAGGCAAAAGUGAUGAUGUGGGCAUUGGAGUUGAUAGCCCUUGAAUCGUUCCCAAGCCUCGUGGAAAGUCUCACCGAUAUUUUGGCUAAAGCUAGCCAUUUGAGUCCGGAGGUCGGUGGUCUUUUGAUGGGAGUAGUACUUUCCCAUGAACUUUUCGUAGACGGCUUCCCACGUGUGGAGCGAGCUCGGAAGCAAUGUCAUGAACCAAGUCUGGGAUCGGUCUUUCAAGGUUUAAGGGAAGCAUCUCAUUCGGAUCUCCUCUCGGGGUGCAUGCCUUCGUCUACCUCGCAUAAACAAAAACAACAACUACACCCGGUGAAUGUAUCAAUGGGAAACGAGAUAAAGACACAAGCAACAAAAACAAUUAAACGACAAAAAAAAAGAGAAAUAAAGAGAAACACGGAAAUUAACCAAG